GUGAGUUAGUGAGGUUAAACAUGGCAGCUCCCGGUAUGAUCACCGUGGGUUUGCGUGCCGGCUGGAAAUUGAAUGCAAUUUUGCGGUUGGUCUCGAAGACAGAGAGACCCAGUUGGUCUUGGAGCAGUCGAUACUGGCUCUCGCUGUCCAGGCAAUUUGGGACUGAGAACGGGAAUGAAGAGAGAGGAGCGGCGGGGACAGAGAUGAGACGAGUCCGCAAGGAUCACCUGAACGAGUUCCCUCACCCCAAGAACCUCCUGCACAACGUGAUCUCGCGGGCGCUCGGAGUCUCGGACCUCAAGGAGCUCAUUGUGUACAGCUGCUCUGAGGGAGAUGUCAAGAAAGCUACUCUGCAGGUGAACUGGCCGAGAAAGAUUGAGGUAGAAGGAUUUGGGACUAAGAAGAUUGAUGCUGAGAGACGAGCUGCAGCAGCUGCUUGUAAAAUAUUAAAGGAGAUGGGGUUGCUGAGCCCCAAGAAUCAUCUCUACCAAGCGAAGGAGUACCGCACCCUGGCAGGAAGGAUCCCGUCUCGCUCCCGAUCUCUCACCGAGGAGGAGGGGGAAGAGGGGGGAUGGGAGCGGAGGAGAGAGGUGGAAGAGGAGGGGCUGCUGGAUGUCACUGACUUCAUCUCAGACCCUCGGAGAGAAACGCAGGUCUCCACAUCUACCGACAGGCAGACUAACCAGACAAGAACUGAGCUGAUUAGAGAGGGGCAGGAUGAUGGCAGUGGGUUGCGUGCAUUGACCCACUUCCCAAACCCUAAAACACUGCUGGUCAAAGUUUUCCAGGUGGCCACCUCCUCCUCCAGCACUGCAGAUUUUUUGAAAUACAGGACUGGAGGGGGCAAGUCCAAGAGCUGUGAGCUCAGUGUUCAGUGGCCGCACUCCAUGACCUUCACAGCUAGGGGACGCAACAAGUCUGAAGCAGAGAACAGGGCAGCAGCUCUCGCCUGUCAGAAGUUAAAGGAACUGGGUCUAAUCGACAGGAACAACAACCCUCUGACUCACGCCAUGUACCACCUGGAUGCUAUUCGCGAGCAGGGGGAGCGUGAGAGGAGACCCUGCCGUGUCGAGGUUCCCUCUGAGCUGCAGGAGAAGAUCCAGCGAUACCUGAACAAGUAUCCAGUAGAGAGUGGAUCAUCGCCGCUGCCCAUUGGCUCUGCAGUUCUGGACCUGGGCUCUUCCUCCUCCUCAGAGGAGGAGGCAGAGUUGAUCACGGACGCCAUCACAGGCCGGUCGUACACGCCACUGUCUGAAGAGGAAGCGCAGCGGAUCAGCCAGGCCCUUUUGCGGCAAUGGGAUGCAGAGGGUGGCAGGGAGGCGCUCAAAGAGCUCCCUGUGGACUCUCACAAGGAGCGCGUGGUCACAGCCGUGGAGGCCGGCCGUGUGACAGUUAUUGCCGGGGAGACGGGCUGCGGAAAGACCACGCGAAUCCCACGCUUCAUCCUGGAAAGCCAGGUGCUUCAGGGCCGUGGCGCGCACUGCAACAUCCUGGUCACGCAGCCACGCAGGAUCAGCGCAGUGUCUGUGGCACAGCGUGUCGGCCAGGAGCUGGGGCCUGCUCUGCGUAGGAAUGCAGGGUUCCAGGUUCGUCUGGAGAGCUCCCUGCCCCCUCGCGGCGGUGCGCUGCUCUUUUGCACAGUUGGGAUCCUGCUAAAGAAGCUGCAGGGCAACCCGCGGCUUGAGGGCGUGAGCCACGUGGUGGUGGAUGAGGUGCACGAGAGGGAUGUGAACACCGACUUCCUGCUAGUGUUGCUCAGGAGGGUGCUGGAUGCCAACCCGCAGCUCCGAGUGGUGCUUAUGAGCGCCACGGGGGACCUGCAGAGGAUUGCACACUACUUCGGGAACUGUGAGGUGGUGAAGGUGCCAGGGUUCAUGCACCCGGUCCAGGAGCAUUACCUGGAAGAGGUUCUGGAGAUGAUGGGCAGAAACAGAGGCAGCGACUAUAAUGAGGACGAGCCCUCUCCAGACCUGGACUUGGUAGCUGAUGUGAUUGAGCAUGUGGACACUCACGGGGAGCCAGGGGGGAUUCUGUGUUUCCUGCCCGGUUGGCUCGAUAUCCGAGGAGUUCAGCAGAGGCUGGAAGAGAGAUCGGCAUUCCAGAGCGGGAAGCAGCUCGUCUUACCAGUUCACUCCAACCUCCCUGUGAUGGACCAGCAGGCUAUAUUCCAGCGCCCCCCGGUGGGCACACGUAAGAUUGUCCUGGCCACAAACAUCGCAGAGACCUCCAUUACAGUGGAUGACAUUGUGCAUGUGGUGGACACCGGGGCCCAGAAAGAGCAGCGCUAUGACCUGCGGACCAAGGUGUCAUGUCUGGACACAGUGUGGAUCUCUCGCUCCAACAUGACGCAGCGGCGGGGGCGAGCAGGGAGAUGUCAGCCUGGACAUUCUUACCACCUGGUACCCCGGCGACGCCUGGAAGCCAUGGAGACCUUCCCUAUCCCCGAAAUCCUGAGAACACCCCUGGAGAACCUGGUGCUGCAGUGCAAGAUUCACAGCCCGGAGAGCAUGGCUACAGACUUUCUCUCCCAAGCUUUAGACAGUCCUGACAGGAAAGCAGUGAUGGAGGCCGUCCAAAACUUGCAGGAAAUUGGCGUGCUGGACGCCAGUGAGCGGCUGACGGCUCUGGGCCAGCGCUUGUCUCACAUCUCCACUGACCCACGCCUUGCCAAGGCCAUCGUCCUCGCGGCCAUUUUCCGCUGCCUGCUGCCUCUGCUCACCAUCGUGGCCUGCCUGACCCGUGACCCGUUCCAGAGCAGCCUCAAGAACCGGGCCGAGGUCUCAGAGGCAAAAGCUAGGCUGAGUGGAGAGAGCCGGAGUGACCACCUGGUGUUCGUGCGUGCGGUGGAUGGCUGGAGGAGAGUGCUGCAAGAGAGGAACUCUGUGUCACGUCAGAGAUUCCUGGAGGAGAACAUGCUGUACGGGAUCAGCCUUCGUUUUAUACACGGGCUGAUCCAGCAGUUCGGUGAGAACGUGUAUGAUUCCUUCCUGGUGUCAGAGUCCUCUGAUUGCACCCGCCAGUUCUCCCAGUGUAACCAGCACAGCCGGGAGGAGGAAUUGGUAAAGGGGGUGCUGCUGGCCGGUCUGUACCCCAACCUCAUCCAGGUGAAGCGUGGGAAAGUGACGAAGCAGGGUAAAUUCAAAGCCGACAGCCUUGUGUAUCGGACCAGGAGUGGCCCAGUACUCCUGCACCGAUCCACUGUCAACCGGGCAGAGGAGGAGUUUCCCAGUCGCUGGUUGACGUUCUUCACUGCCACAAAGUCCAACGGGAACGUGUUUGUCAGGGACACCUCCAUGGUCCAUCCCCUGUCUCUCUUGCUGCUUCCUCACUGCAAUGUCAGGGAGCAAGAGUCUGGAGGAAGGAUGGUGGUGUCCCUGUCUGACACUGACUUGGUGAAGCUGGAGUUUGCUCCGGAGACCUGGGCGGUUCUCCGGGAUUUCCGUCUCUCCCUGCAGAGCAUGGUGGAGCGCUGCCUUCAGCAGGAGCUGCCCCAGAUACCGGAGUCUGAGCAACAGCAGCAUGGGGAACUGCUCGCCCUGCUGGUGGACCUGCUGAACUGCAGCACACGGCCAGAGUGACUGCCUCACUGAAUAUGUAACUGAAGUGGCCGAAGUCCUUUAGCCCCAGAAUAUGACCCAUGGCGGUAGGCUGAAGGAUCCAUUUAGCAAGGAACAAAGAAGAAUUACGGGGGGGGGGGACUUGAUUGAAUUAACCCUAAUAAUUGGAGCGCAGCACAGAAACCAAGACAAGAGGACACAGUUGGGAGUUGAGUGGAAUUGGGAGAGGGUAGGAGGCAUUUCUUUAGAGCGAGUAGUGGAAUGGGUUACCUUGUCAUAUUGUUGACGCAGAAUCAUUGGCAUCCUUUUAUCCCAAAAUGUUAAGUUGGGUCUUAAUCAGCCACUAGGUACCGGAUGGUCUAAAUUAGCUCCUCUCGUUCGUAAACUUAAUUAUGUUUUUAACAGCAGUGAAAAUUCACUUUUAAAAGCUGUUGACCCAGAGGCAUUUAAAUCUGAAUUGAGGCAUCUAUUUAAAGCAUGCUGAUGUGACGUCAGAUGUGUUUUGUAAUUAAUAGGAUGACUUUUUCUGUGCCAUGUUAUAAUAAAUUAUUUAAGUCCCUCAA